AUGGAGAAGCACAAGUGUCGCAUAUGCUUCCGCCGCUUCCCCAGCGGUCGCGCUCUCGGCGGCCACAUGCGCUCUCACGUAAGCUCUGCCACCCCUCCGCCCAAGCUCCAUGGCCAUCACUGCCCCGCCGGCUACGCGGUGGCGGAGGGGGAAGAGGAGGGGAAGCUUACCGAACAAGCUUCCUGUGGCCUCAGGGUGAAGGGUCGGAAGAGGUCCCGCCUCGAGGACCCGGAGUCUUCCUCCGCCUUCGCCGCCGUCGGGUCCACCUACGCUGUCGUCGAGGACGGCGAGAGCGAGACCGACGCCAAUCACCGUUGCCGAUCCAAGCGAGCCCGCCACGCUUACUCGCGUCCGGAGCCGGCGAGCUCGGCAUCGGAUGUCACGACGGAGGAGGACGUCGCACUCUGCCUCAUGAUGCUCUCACGCGACUCCUGGACCAGCGGCGAUGUGGAGGAGGGAAAUGUCCGUCGGAUCACCUCCCGUUCGCGGCCGCCGCGGAGGAGGCGAAGCAGGUACCAGUGCGGGAAGUGCAAGAAAGUGUUUCGGUCGUGCCAAGCGCUAGGCGGCCACCGGGCGAGCCGCCACAACCACAAGCCGAAGAGCUGUAUGCCGGCCGUCGGACAGCGGACCGAAGGCGACGACGACUUCGAGGCCGAUGCGGAUGCCAAGGUCUACGAGUGCCCCUUCUGCCUCAGAGUCUUCGCCUCCGGCCAGGCUCUCGGCGGCCACAAGCGAUCACACUUAACAUCCUCCGCCGCCACCACCAUGACUACCACAAGCGAUCACGCCAAAUUCAACCGUGCUCUCGGAGUAAUUGAUCUCAACUUGCCUGCGCCGGCGGAUGACGAUGUGGCUCUGUCUGCUGCUUCGGACACAGAGUUCAUCGUCAACCACACAGCGAGCUGA